UAAAGAAACAAUUCAAAGGGCUAAAAAAAGUAGCCCUAGGGGAAAAAAUUGCUAGUGGAAAGAAAAUGAAGAGAAGGGUUUUCCAAUGGAUCAUUUUCAUAAUUGUAUGUUUCUUAAGUGAAAGAGCUUUCAUCUCACCAUCAGAGGCUGCUGUCAAUGAUCUCAAGCCCUUGAUGAAGGAAAAACAACUCAAAGAUGUUUUGGAGUGGCGUGAAAAAACAAUCAAGGGUUGGCAUGAAGCACUUCAUUUGAAGAUGGUUCAAAGAGAAAAGAAAGUAAUUAUUGAGCAAAAGAAGAAAGGAGGGAAAGCAGGAGGAAGCUAUGGCGGUGGAAGUCUUCUUCGACCUCGUGCCAAAAAGAGUGCAGCAAAUUUUCUCCAUCCAACAACAUUCCUUAGAUUUCUAUUACUUGGGUUAAUCCCCGCCAUGUUCUUCUUUUGAUAACUUGGAUAUAAGCCCUUGAUUAUAUAUACAUAUAUGUGUACCCCUCAAAUAUGUUGUUAAAGUGUUGGUCAUUUUUUGAUUUUUUAAAA